UACACGCCUGUAGUGGAGAAAUAAUUAAUACUCGUGUUGUAAAUUAUAGGAUACGUUUCAUUCGGGUGUGAUGAUUUAGUUUAGUGUAAUACGAUAUCCAUAUGUAGUAUAUGUGUGUUUAAAUAUGUGGAUAUUACACUUUAACGAACUACAUUUCGUCAGGCAUCUCUUCAGACAGCCUCACGUUCAGCUCAGCUGUAGGAAGAACGGAAGGCCCCAUUUGUUUUGAACUGCGAGCUGGACGUGGACCUUUCUCUAGAAAACUUUUACCAGAACCUUUUUUCACACAUUAUUAAUAAUAUAACUAUUAAUAUUAUUAAGAUGUCGUCGCCUCUCGCGAAGCCUCAGAUCAUCGCGCACAUCCAGAAGAGUUUGAACUACACGGUGUUCGACAGUAAGUGGAUCCCGAGGAGCGCGCGCUUCGUCUGUUUGGGGAACUUCGCCCGGGGAACCGGAGUGAUGCAGAUCUACGAGCUGCAGCACGGAGAGGCGGUGCUCCUCAAGGAGGUGGAGAAACCUAAAGCCAUAAAGUGUGGGACAUUCGGGGCCACCUCUCUGCAACACAGACACAUCGCCACCGGGGACUUUGAGGGAAAUCUCAACAUAUGGAACCUGGAGACGCCCGACGUGUCGGUGUACACGGUGAGAGCCCACAGAGAGAUCGUGAACAGCAUCGACGGCGUCGGCGGCCUGGGCAUCGGAGACGGCGCCCCCGAGAUCGUCACCGGGAGCAGAGACGGGACAGUCAAAGUGUGGGAUUCCAGACAGAAGGAUUCGCCCGUGGCCAACAUGGAGCCCGGGGAGGGAGAAGCCAAGAGGGACUGCUGGACCGUUGCUUUUGGCCACGCCUACAACGACCAGGACCGCUGCGUGUGCGCCGGCUACGACAACGGGGACAUCAAACUCUUUGACCUGCGGAACAUGGCCGUCCGGUGGGAGACCAACAUCAAGAACGGGGUGUGCUGUGUGGAGUUCGACAGGAGGGACGUGGACAUGAACAAGAUGGUGGCCACCUCCCUGGAGGGGAAGUUCCACGUCUUCGACAUGCGGACGCAGCACCCGGCCAACGGCUUCGCCUCCGUCUCUGAAAAGGCUCACAAGUCGACCAUCUGGCAGGUGAAGCAUUUGCCCCAGAACCGAGACGUGUUCAUGACAGCAGGAGGCGCCGGUAACCUCCACCUGUGGAAGUACAACUACCCGGCUCAGAGGAGCAAGGAGGACGCGGACGGCGUGCCGGAGGGCGUGGCCGGCGCCGUCAGCCUGCUGCAGAACGCCACGCUGUCCACGCAGCCAAUCGCCAGCCUGGACUGGAGCCCCGACAAGCAGGGCCUGUGCCUGUGCUCCGGCUUCGACCAAUCGGUGCGCGUGCUCAUCGUCACCAAGCUCAACACCGUGUGACGGAGGAGCGACGCGGAGGAGCAGAUCAGGGGAGUAGAUGGGGAGGAGUAGAUCAGGAAGGAGUAGAUCAGGAGGAGCGACCGGGAGGAGUAGAUCAGGAAGGAGUUGAUCGGGAGGAGCGACCGAGAGGAGUAGAUCAGGAGGAGCGACUGGGAGGAGUAGAUCAGGAGGAGUAGAUCAGGAGGAGCGACCGGGAGGAGUAGAUCAGGAAGGAGUUGAUCGGGAGGAGCGACCGAGAGGAGUAGAUCAGGAGGAGCUGCGCGGAGGAGCGGCGGGGAGGAGCAGAUCAGGGGAGUAGAUGGGGAGGAGUAGAUCAGGAAGGAGUAGAUCAGGAGGAGCGACCGGGAGGAGUAGAUCAGGGCAGUAGAUGGGGAGGAGUAGAUCAGGAAGGAGUUGAUCGGGAGGAGCGACCGAGAGGAGUAGAUCAGGAGGAGCGACUGGGAGGAGCGACCGCGAGGAGUAGAUCAGGAGGAGAAGAUCAACGUUCAUGUAAACAUUUUAUUUCAUGAACUCGAGGAUCUUGUUGUUGUUGUCCCUUAAACAUGUGCAGCGCUCGACUGAGUUAUGAUUAUUAUUAUUGUUAUUCUUUUUAUUACAUGUAUUGGGAGAAACCAAUAAUUCUUGUAUUUCUGUAUCUUUUGUUGCACUUUUGAAGUUGUUUUUAUUGAGAAAUUAAAAGUGCCUUUUGGAGAA